UGUAAGGUCUACAGUACACUCUAUCGAAAAAAGAGGAUUUUCCAUGACAAAAAAGGAGGGCCGGCUACAUACCAUAUUGUUCCGAUUACGGGCCGAAAGGGAAGACUUAUAGGUUUUGGCCCAUAAAGUUAUGACCGCCACGUCUUACAAGAGAAAGUUCAGUUGAUUCUUCUAAUUUGGAGUACGACAAUCGAUCUCUUGUUCUGCAAAUCCAGAAAAAGGAUCUCCGACUGAUAAUUAAUUAACCAAAAUUGGUCACUCAAUCAUCCUCUCGGUGCAAGAUUUCUGUUUGUUCGGUCGGUGCUGCUUGGUGGUGUAAGCUAAACUCCAGAGAAAGAAAGACGAUUUGUGAAAAUGUUUGGCAGAAGAAAUCUUCGUUCGCUACCACUCAUAGCAGGAGCUGUUGUGGUCAAAAGUUUCUUUUAGGGGGAUACACUAGAGAGUUGAGUUUUGGUUAAAUGGAACUGAUUAGGAAGAUUGCAAGGCUUGCAAUUUAAGUCGAGCCUCACAGUAUUUACAAGAACAUAGACCAUAAAUGCGCAGUUUGAGAAUAUUAAUCAUACACACUUCAGUUUGGAAAACACAUUUGCGGAACGGUUAUCCCGAAGACAGUGGAUGGAAAACCUUUGCUUUUCCUACCAAUUACCUAUUUUUGAUAAAUUUUUAGCGGAAUUGUUGAUCUUCUUGUUGUAUGACACCAAUUCUUAUUAGGCCCACUUUCAAGACCAACAUGCCAUUAGGUCAAUAUAAGACUCUGGUGAUUCCCAACUUAAAUUUGGUGGUGAAAUCCCCAAAUUCCCGCCUCGGAGAGAAAAUUACUCAAGACAGACCUAAAGCUUAUUUUCAGAGUAGAGGAAGAGUCAAAUAUUGUGCAGCAGCUUAUCAAACAAGAGAGGGAGAGAUGGGUGAAGAAGAGGAGAGGGAAAAGCAGUUCUGGUUAUUAAAGACAGAACCAGGAGAAUGGUCGUGGGAAGAUCAAUCGGCAAAUGGAGGAAUAUCAAAAUGGGAUGGAGUGAAAAAUAAACAAGCACAAAAGUAUAUGAAAUCAAUGAAAGUAGGUGAUCUUUGUUUCUUCUAUCAUUCAGGUAAUAAAGCUCGUAGAAUCGUGGGUGUUGUAUCUGUGAUCAAAGAAUGGUAUUUUACAGAUAAGGUUGAAGACAAACAAGGAGCUGUAGAUGUUAAAAAAGUUGGUGAGAUGAAUAAACCUGUUGACCUAAAAGAGAUGAAAGUGGAAGAAGGUUUAGAAGGGUUUGUGUUGUUCAAGCAACCUAGAUUGUCAGUUGUUCCUGUUCCUAAGAAUGUUUGGGAUAAACUUUGUGAAAUUGGUGGUGGGAUCACUAAAGAAGAAAAAUAAGAGGAAGCAACUAAUGUGUGGAUAAGAUAGAUGAAUUAUCAUCUUUUUUGUUUGUUUGUCAUUGUAGGGAUUGAUUAUAUUGAAAACAUAUUUGCUGCUCCCAUUACUUAGUGUUACCCACCUCGCCGAGAGUGCUAGUUUUAGGUUGGCAUUGUGUUGACAAAAUUUUGUUUUGAUUCAGCAGAAUGUCUUCUUUGCAUUACUUUGUAAGAUUAUCGAAUCAUUUUUUGAUCUAUUUUAUUCAUCAACUUCUUAGA